AUGGACCUCCAAGUCGGUGCUCGAGUGGCGUUCGGUGCUGGCAAGACAGGCAUUGUACGGUUCAUAGGAGAGACAGAAUUUGCUAGUGGUGAAUGGGUUGGUAUUGAGCUUGAGAAGCCAGAGGGUAAAAACAAUGGAGAGCUCAAUGGUCGUGUCUAUUUUACGUGUGCGUCGAAUCACGGACUUUUUGUCAAGAAAUCAAUGGUUCGAUCGGUCUUAUCGUCACCUUUGGCUGCUUCCAAGACGCCCUCAAGUCGUCGGUUGUCUAGUGCAAGCAGUCGGUUGUCUAGUGCAAGCAGUCGGUUAUCAGGGCCGAGUUCAUUGUCGAAUUCGUCGUCUGGUGUAGGCGCUAGCAGCUCUCGAGUCUCGUCACGAACGUCUUUGAGUACAGGAAGUAACCGAGCAAGCCUUUCAACUGGUAGAACGAGUCUUUCACGUGAUAAACGAUCAUCUAUUGGUGGUGCAAUGUCCGGAAGUCCAGCGACGUCGAACGAUCAAUUGACAAAAGAAAGAGCAAAAGUUUCUCGACUGGAAGAAGAACUUGAGCAGAAGAACCGACACGUCGAGCAAUUGAGACAAAGUGUGGCUGUAAUGAAGGAAGCAGCUAUUGUUAAUAAUGAUAAGAUCAAGCUGUUGGAGCAGCAAGGACAGCUACAAGAGAAGCAGCUGGAAGAGGGGGUGCUGGAGCAGCAACAGGUUGAUGCUGAUGGAGAUGAGAUCAUGGCAAAUGUUGUGGAUAUAACAGAAGAGAAGUUGUCGGUGCAGGAAGAGUUGACGCAACAGAUCCAGAUCAUUCGAGAAGAGGCCGAAGAACACGUGCAAUCAGUACGUUCCGAGCUAGAAGACCAUAUCAUUGAGCAACAAAAUGAGCACGAGAAGCAGCUGAAUCAAUUACGACUUGAAAAUGCGACGUAUGCUUCGGAGGUGAAGGCGUUGGAGGCGGAAGUUGCACAGCAGAAGGUGCGCAUUGCGGCGUUCACGGCGGCUGAACAGAAGAAGGCGGAGGAAGUCGCAAUGGCUGUGGCUAAGUCGAGCUCUGGUGCUCGUAAGGUGGAAACACUAGAAAAGCAGGUGGCUGAGCUUCAGGAUAUGAUUGAGAUGAUGACGUUGGAGAAGGAGACCGUUGAGAUGGACAAGGAAAUUGCGGAGGAGCAUGCAGAAGAAUUGCAGCAGGAGGUGGAGAAGCUCAAAGCUGCCAUGGCGCUGUCGGCGACUACAGGGUCAGACUACUUGGAAGGAUCUUCUGUUAGUGCCGGGGACUUGGAGAACGAGAAUAAUAAGCUGCGAGCGGCUGUGAAGAUGCUGCACGAGCGUGGGUCUGAAGAAAAGGCUGAGCUUAGCAAGAAGUUGCGUCAGGCCCAACGUGAGAAUACUGAACUCGUGUCGUUGAGGGAGGAAGUGGAAGAACUCACCACAAAGAAAAGCAAGCUGGAAAGUGAAACAGAGGAAUUGAAGGAGAUGCUGGACGUUGCGAACGCAUACGAGACAAUGGUGGAAGAUCUUACAGAGAAAAAUCUGACACUUGGUGAGAAACUUGCAGAGCUGGAGACCACGGUGCAGUCGCUUGAGUCAUUGCGCGAAGUGGACCAGGAAAUGGAACAUCAGCAUACGGAGUAUGAAGCAGAGCUGCGGGAUGAAAUUGACUCACAGCGUGCAACAUUGCAGGAAUUGAAACAGACGGCAUUGGAGCAGAAGACCGUCCUCGAGGAUAAGGAGCGCACUAUUGCUCGCUUCCGUGACCUUGCGCACAGUCACCGGGAGGAGAUUGCGCAGCUGAAGGCAAAGCUUCGUGCCGAAAGUGGUGCUGUGGAAUCUUUGAAGGAUACGGCACAUAUGGCGCUUAAUCAAACGAUGGGGCUGCGCGCGCUGGUAGCAGCUGCACGUGAGCAUGAAACCGAGGCAGCCAAGCAAAAGAUUAUUGCUGAUCAGGCAAGGCUGGAGAACUCGUUCCUGCGUGCUGUAAUGCCCGACUCCAUUUUCACAGAAUCCGACCAAAAGGUGCUUCGCAUCCGAUUGACGCUUGGACGUAUUAGCGGUAAGUCCGACAUUUUGCUGCAGCACUUGAAGAAGGAUCUGGACACUGCCGCGCAACAGCAACCUUCCAGUGGCCAAGGGGAAGACGACAAGGAUGAGGGUGUCUCUAUUGCGACAGUCAGUGUCGAGCAGUUAGUCCUGGGUGACAAGCUAGCGGCGGUCUCGUGCCAAGCAAAGGAAGACCUUUUUAUGCUUGAGUGUCACCUGACUACAGAAGACGAAUUUACUCAGGGUUGCUCUGCGCUCGACACUUCGCAGACGGCGGCAUUGGAGAAUGUGUUGGACUCAGCGUUGUCGGCGUUCUCCGAGGGUUCCUUGUUGAAUGGUACUCGCGGUGGCAGCGACGCUGCAUCGUUGUAUGAGCGUCUCGUCCAAAUCUCGGAAGAAUGGCACAGUGGCCGACUCAUCCAGGUUUCGUCAGCUUUGGGUGCUGAGAGCUUCGGUGCUCGCUGUGCAGUGAUGAAAUUGCGUGCGAGAAAAAGUGUGGCCAAGCUGGCGUUCUCAAUCUCAUCGAUGGUGACAUUCCUACGCAGUACAAAGAGUUUGCUAGAAAGCUUGGAGAUGCCUGAUGACGAACAUACUGCUGCGCUGCGCACAGAAUUGAUGCCGUUUUUGGAUACGUGCCUGGGAGAGCUACUCUCGGUAUUUAGUGUGGCGCAACUUUUUUACCGUCGUGCUGAGAUCGACUUGGCGGCUUCGGACGAUGACCUUGACGGACUUGUGGCGGCGGGUGGUGAGGCGAUCACUUUCGUUCAAGGUUAUGCUAUAGAGGCACAGUCAUUGUUAGCUACGCUGCAAUCGCAUCUCGGCCGAGACGGUCUGCUGGAGCAUACCAUUACGGCAGAAGAGUUGGUGGAGUUCAUGCAGCAGAAUGUGUAUGACCACGCCGUGGCAUUCAAAGAGAAAUUGGCAUUGCUGUACAAGCUGGUGUGCCGCGGUGCCUUCACUGAUGCGGUGGCUCCUCGUAUGCGCAACGAGCACACUGAUAGUAGUAAUGGGCGGCCACAGUGGCGAAUUCGUGCGCAAGCCAUUCAUCAAAAGUUGGCGGAUGCGUCAGCACUUCGGAGCAAUUUAACGCAAAUGACUGAGCUGUGUAAUGCGCUGCACCAGCGUAUUCGUGACUUUGAGCGUGCAGACAGCCAACAUCGCGUGGUGGCCCAGAAAUUGGAAAGCCACGUGCUUCAACUGACUGAGAGCGUAACUAUGAUGACAAGCGAGAAGGCGCAAUUGGAAUCGCAGCUCUCAAAGGAACGCGAGCAGUUUGUCGUUGCACUUGACGAAUCCAACAAGGAAAAAACGCUGUUAAAUUCUCUGAACCGAGAUCUGCGGAAGCAACUGAAGCGCACGAGUGACGCUGGCAGCAGCGCGAAGACUGGAAGUGGCGGUAGUGGAGGUAUGAAGGGAUCGGCGAUGAGUGGAACUGACGCUGAAGCCUUCCAGCGUGCUUUUCACCAACUGUACACUGAACUGCACACGGUACGGGCCGCUCUCGCGAAGGAGCGAUUGGAGAAACUGCUUGGACCGAAUACCGAUUUAAACACGUGUACUUUGUUGCCAAAGAAAUCGGAUCGGUUGGCAAACUCAUUAAUGGAGGUGGCUACGUUCUCGCGGCAGGUGAAGGCUCAACUAUCAAUGCCACGUCUUGUCAAUUUGAAGCAAGCCGCUUCUCCCACCGGUGCGUCCGCACGCACACAGCUUAUGGCUGAGCAACUGCAGCAGUCGCGUGCACAACGAGAUCUGACAGCCCUUCGCGUACGCGUUGGUGCUGCGAUGCGUGACGAUGGCUGGGGCCAUGAUGUGACAAACGCGAUUACUCGUGGCGAGCGUGUAUUCGGCUGGCAACCGCCUGAGACGGAGCGACCACCCGUGUUAUUGGGGCGCGUGAAGCUUGGCAGUAGUAUUGCAAGCAAUCCGCAGCAUGUGCAGCUCGUAUUGAAUCGAUCGGAGGUGAAACAUCUAUCAGAAGCUUUGGUGUGUUGA